CCGGCAUGGAAAAGACUGGGCUUGAAGGUCAAAGCGGUGGUGGGAAAGGACCCGCUAGCGAUAGUGACGCAGAGAGAGGAGGGAGAGGACAAGACGGAGAGAAAGGACAAGAAGCAGGGGAAGCGGAAGGCGGAGGACGGGGCCAGGGCCAGGCCGGCGAAGGCGGCGAAGCGGGUGAAGCUGCCGAGGCAGGAGCGGCUGCAGAAGCAGAGGCAGAGCGCCGAGGAGAAGGACCAGCUGCAGUACUUGCGGCAGUUUGACGAGGACCGGGAGCACUGGAAGUUCUCGAAGCAGAAGCAGAACUGGCUGGUGAAGAACAUCAGACACGUGCCGGAGAGCUGCGAGGGGGCGCUGCUGCGGUACCUGGAGAGCGUGCAGGGCGGGUCGAGGCAGCGGGUGGCGGAUGCCAUGGCGGCGGUGGUGCAGACGUGGAACACGAUGGUGGACGAGGCGGAGGACCAGAUGAGGCGGGACCUGGCUGCGGCGGCUGCCGAGACGCCCGACAAGCCCGCUGGGGCCAACGGGAGCAGCGGCGACAAGCCCGACAAGCCCAAGAAGCAGCCCGACCACGCCAGCGAGACGCCUCCGGACUACGACUACGCUGUCCGUGCCAGAGAGGUGCUGCGGGUGCUCACGGGCGAGACGCUCUUCCUCAAG